AUGCUGCUGAAUUCAACGCUGCGUCUGGGUUAUCUAGAGGGUGCCAAGGAUGUGGACCCCAAGUUGCAAUCCACCUUGAAGUUAGACCGACCCAGCACCGGCACAAGAAGACCCAGCAGCAGUACACAAGACAGAAGACCAAGCAUACGAGUGGAAGAGAGAAGGCCAAGCACCAGCAUUCCUCCAGGAAGCCAGAAAAGCCCAGGCCAAGGAAGCCGGAAGAAUUCCAAGGAUCGAUCUCAGCGGUUGAUUUCGCAAGAUCCCGGAAGGGAUCGGCCUCCAGGACCUCUCUCAAGGGAAGUGUCCAAGAACAAAGAGACUUGGCAAUCGCUGGAGUGGACCUAUCAGCCACAGAAGGAGGUGCAAAAAGAGGGGUCAGUGGUGUAUACCGUGAGCACCCCUGCAACUGCUGGCCCUCGAGCGCAUCAACCUCACUUAGUCCGCACCACUCGCAUUGAACCUGCGGCAUAUUCCAAGAAGCGCCCUCCCAUUCCGCCAAAAAAGGAGCAGAGAGAACAAAUCACAGUGACUGAGAAGGAUUUGUUGAGAUGUGGCAGCGACCUCAAGAAGUUGAGAGAGUGCAAUAUCGUAGAGCAGAAUGUUCCAGAGCGAACACUUCCCGCUCCGUUGCCCCCGCAGCCACCUUUGGACCUGUCCUUCAAGAGCAAGUUUGCACUGGAUUGCCGAGAAGGUGCAGACAUGCGAGAUCCAUGGAAAGAUUUGAAGCACCCUGAUGAAGAUCGAGUUUUGACAGUGGAAGACCUUGUGCUGAACCAGGUCUACAUCAAAGCGCUGCUUCCUCGAAAGAUUGAAUUUGAUGAAGCGAACUCCCCGGAGAACGGCCGCGGCCGCAAAACAACUAAGCUCCGAAGGAGUUUGAGUGCAUCCACAAGGGCGAGUUCUGCGGAUGGACGGCAGACUUGGCCUGAAGAGGGGGCAAGGAAGUGGUCCACCAAGCGCGCCAGCAGUCUGGGACGGGCUGAUAGCUUUGAUGAUGAGAUGCCCAUCCUGAGGCUUGGGAGCAUUCAACCCAUCUCCACUGAAACGCCUCGAUCUCACAGAGAAGAUGAGACACCAGAAGCCAAGCGAGCAGCAAGGGCCUUUCUUCAAGGUGCUCACAAGAGGGGCGAGAUGCGAGCAGUUUGGAUGGCACUGGACCGAAACACUGGCGCUGUGCAGCUCUACCAGCAGGAUGCUGGCACUCGCUUAGAGGCCGCAUUUCGCUCAGGGCGAAGCAGUGUGCCGUUGGCGGGUCUAAGCCCGGAGCUUGAGGGAGCCAUCGUUACGUUUGAAAAAGACGACCGCACCGACAAGACCCUGGACGUGUCCGGAAAGGUUCGGCAGGUGGAUGGCACUCAGGCAGAAGUCAGACGUUUCGAGGUCACGGCCUACAGCUAUGAGAUGUCAGUCCAAGUGGUGGGUCCCAGUCAGGGAGAACGGUCUUGGCGCUUCGCCUGCAGGGGCGAUCAAGCAGAAGACAGGCUGGUGCCGCUACUUGGAACUGAGUUAGUCUCGCCGCCUUCCCCAACCUUGCCGCCUGUGUCUCGCACUCGACCGACAUAUUUCAUCAAUGAAGGUGCCCACUGGGGCUAUGACUCGGCUCAAAAAGCCCUGGGAGUCACCCCUUUCCCGUUCCAUAUUUUCGUUAGUGGCUGCUGCCACCUUCCGAUGGUGGCGCAGAGGCAUGAAAACUUAUUGGUGCUUGCAGCCUUUCUACUUUUGAGAUAUGUUCAUUGUGUGCAUGCUAAUGUGGGAUGCGAGGACUCCCGGUCCUGUGCAAUUCUUCAAGAUGUCGACGAUAGACAGGCAAGUGCCUUGCUCCAGACGGACGCCUCUCAUCGAGUGGUCCGCAUUGACUCGCAGGGAAGCUCUCGAGAAGAAGAGCCGUCCCCCCAAAGUCAUGAGCCAAAGGCCAAGCCAGCAGCAAGUAAGGUUGGCAUAAAUCUUUCAGUCAAGUGGAUGAAGAAUCCUCUCCCAGUUAAUGAGGCAAUAGCAGCUAUCCCACGUAUUCAGGAGUACCUGGGCUUGUCGCGGCCAAUUGAGCGAGUUAAGACUUAUGACUUGGCGCCUUCCAAUCGCGCGAUUGUGGAGGAGCUUGUCCGACAAUCCAGCAGAACAGAUGCGGGUUACUCAGUGAAAGAGCUGGUCAUCGGCAUCGGGAACAAGGAGCUGCCAUUCGUUGAUAUGGACUGGCUUCGGGGUAUAGCAGAUGACUUCAAAGGUGCUCUGCACAUCGCCAUCGGCAAUGAGCCCGACCGUAGUGGAGUGCAUGCAGAUCGAGUCCUUGAUGUCCUCAAAGCCCUUAGAGCUGAGAUCCCAGAAGCACAGGUCACGGUGCCUUUUGCCUAUUCCAUUAUGCACAGAAGUCACCCUGUGGAGAAAUCAAAGCUCGAGAAGGAAUUCAUUGACGAGUACAAGAAUGUCCUGCCGUUAUUGGACUAUUUCACCAUCAAUAUCUAUCCGUUUCUUAGUUCUGGCACCAAAGGGGUUGCCAUGUCAAACCUGACUGGUCCUGAGAUGAACUUUUUGAACGACCAGAUCUCUGCAUUGCGCAUAGCUUUGGAUCGGGACUUCCCCCGCAACAAUCUGCCUUUGGCAAUUGGUGAGACGGGAUGGCCAUCCUGUGGUGCUGCGCGCGCCUUUCCAUACUCCUUCGCCACCUUGCCCUAUGCGGAACGCUUUGUCAAGAAUGUGGCGAAUUGGAUGGAGUCGAGUUUAUCCGAUGGCCGAAUCAUCUCCGGGCAGCUCUUCACUGCCUUCGACGAAGAAACAAAAGGCACAAGACCGAGCGAGCGGUAUUAUGGCAUUCUGACGUCGAAGGGUGAGAUCAAAAAUGACCACUCUUGCGCCAGCAAUGCGACUGAACCUUCGCAAGCAUGGUUGGAGGAACUAUAUCCAGAUUGUGAGAGUGACUUGGAUUGGAUGGUUAAGAAUUUUGACAAUCCAUUCCUGGCAGAGAAAUUUGCGAAUAGAGAAAUGGAUGGAUCACUUUGCUCCUUCCAGCAGUAUCUCUACGACCGCUGGGCAUCAUGCCCUCCAGUCUCCAGAGUGCCAGGGGACUUUCUCCCUGUGGAAGGGCACAUAGUCUAUGGAAAAAGGACAGCGCAAACAAAGUGCUGGAGCCAGCGCUUGGCGGACAAGUACUCAGAUCGUGGUGCCGUCAGCAAGCCAAACAUAUCCCAUUUGACGGACAAAAGGGCUCAGGCGCCUUCAAGCAAGAGUGACUCGCAGUCCUCAGAAAUUAGCCCACUACCAGACCGUUUCGUCGGUGAGGGCAUCGAGCCUCCAAUGGUAACAAGACCUAGGACCCUCCAGGUUUACUGGAUCAACUUGGAGGUUUCGAAAGAUCGUCGCGAAGCUAUGGAGAAGAUGUUUUCAUCUCUGAGCAGCAAGCUGCCAUCCAGCUUGAAGCUGCAAGUGGUUCGAGUACCUGCAGUCAGCGUCCAGGAGGUGAAGGAGAUGCAGAAGAAGAAUGCCUUCUCAGUUGAGGCCAAGUUGAUAGACGCGUGUCACGACGCGUGCCCAGAACACCAUUCCAGGGGAGAGCUCCUCUACACGGAGAUGGCAUGCAGUCUAUCCCACUUGCGUGCCAUCGAGCAGGCUCUGGCAGGAAAUGCCGGUUUAGCCUUGAUUAUGGAGGAUGACAUAGAGAUCUAUCCCGAAUUUGGAGCAGACCUGGAGCGAUUGCUCACAGAUGCUCCCACAGGAUGGAGCAUUCUGCAGAUGUCGUCGGUGAGUACGAAGGGCAUCUUGCAGCUGGCGAGCUCCGGCUCCAUGUUUCAACCGCGAGAGCGGCAAUUCUACGGCACAGGGUCGUACUUGAUAAAUCUGUUCGGAAUGACGCAGUUGCGGGAUCGAUAUGCGAACAGACAGUUUCUGCGAAAACCAUGGAUGCCUGGCGCGGAAUCGCUUCAGGCAGAGGGUGUCAUUUACGAUGCUCUACCCGAAGGUAGCGUGCACACCAGCACGCAUUUCUAUUUUAAUGUCCUGGACUUUGCAACGACGGUCCAUGUCAUGAGCAACUCCUCCGAGUGGUACGCUGUGUCCAGCGUUGCAUGGCAAAGGAAUUUUGUCCACCGACACCGGGGCCGUUUGCUCCCGGCAACACCGACCGUAACAACACCAGAGCGACUGGUGAGGUCGUCUUUCUUGGCCAUGACCACCUUGGUUUGUAGAAACAACACUGGCUUUGACGGAGAAAGUCGUUCCAUUGCAGCCUCCAUUCGCGCGAUGGCGCCCUACAACUUCUCAUGGGCUGUAUAUGUGAUCGUUCCUGAUAGCUCGGAGGAAGGAAAGUGCCCUGGUCUCGAGAGUUUUCGAGAGCUGCGCCAGCCGAAUGUACGCAUGCUGUACAGAGUCUCUGGAGGGCGCUUCUCCAAAUGGGUCUAUUAUACGGAGGAUGUGGAGCAGUUCGCCAAUUAUGAUUUCCUUAUGGUUUUUGAUGCAGACAUGGGUCUUUCUACCUUCCCAUGGGCAGAGUAUUUUCGCCGUUAUGAAGAUUAUGCAGCGAAAUGGGGAAUAGCCCCAGUGACUGGCUCAGUCCGGAACCGAUCACCAUUCUAUCCCUUGAAGGCUGAGUGGUGGACAAAAUGCAAUAGGAGCAGGAUACGCUUUGUUGAGUCUGACUUGGUGGAACAGUGGUUCGCCAUGUUGACUGGCAGCUUCGCGACCUGGUAUUUGCGCAAAGUGGUUGAGACAGGAAUCAUCCUGGAGCAGAGGGCCUUGGGGGUCGAUUGGGGCGUCGACUCUACCUGGUGUGGAGCUGCAGCUGAAUGGUCCAACAGGGAGGCUGGCUGUUUGCUGAUCCCCAUCGACAUGUACCAUGGGGACACCAAGAGUCUUCAGCAGGACGUGGUGUUCCAUCAAAAUGGUGAACAUUUGACGAAUCUCUGGUGGGAGCGAGUGCCUCAAUGGAUGCAUGUCUCCCAGGUGUGGCUGGGAUCCUUUUUCCAGGACCACAUGCUCGGGUGCUCGCCGGUCGGGCUGGAAGAGCGCUACCACAUGCCCAUCGAUUUGCGAUCUGUAGUCCCCAUUGUUCCGACGGGACUUCCAGACAAUCGAAGCCACCACAAUGUGCAGGAACUUGAUUCUGCAUCUGCAUCUGCCUACGCCUCGAAUGGAUCCAACAACAGCAAUGCAUCCAAUGUGUCCCAUGCCAACACUACCACUACAGAUGAACCUGAUGAACGCUCUUUUGCAGGGCGUGCAAACAACUUGGCAUUGCUAAGUACCUUUCUUGCCAUGCAGGUCUUGCAUUGAGAUGCUGGGCCAGUUGGAGAGGACGGGCCUGGAGUGUCCAUGUGCUCUAGCUGGCUCAUGGGCCUCAUGGGGCUGCACUAACUCUCUUACUUUUACAGCUUUCAGGGUUUUGGUUUGAGCCAGCUUGCAUUUGCAACUCAUGUAAAGCCUAAUGCCGUUCCUGUUUUUGACUUCUAUUUGGUCUCCUUUGGCCAAAUGCUCCGCAAACAACAGCGGCAUUGGACAGAGCGAACAAGAG